UCCCCUCCUGGUCCUGUCUCCUCCUGUUGUCUCCUCUACCACUCUGUCUACUCCUCUCAUCCUGUUCGCUUAAGUGUUAGUGAAGCUUCUGUGAGACGCUGCAACCAUGGCUGCUACUGGAUCUUUCCGUAUGGUGUCAGAGGAGGAGCAGGCCAUGAGGUCUAAGCUGGAGCAUUUGACAGUGAAGGAUCAUGGGCCGGUGUUUGGGCCGUGCCACAAACUGCCUGGUCACACUAUGCAAAAGGCGAAGGAUGAGCUGAAUGAGACGGAUGAGAGGCGGGCGUCGUCGCUGAAGGACCUGCGGGCCAUGAUGAAGGAGAGAGCGGCAGAGGGAGACGACCUGGCCAAACUGGUGCUGGAGCGCUUCGGGGACAAACCGGACUCUCUGAUACUGCGCUUCCUCAGAGCUCGCAAGUUUGAUGUCGUCAGAGCCCACGAGCUCAUGAAGGGUUAUGUGCGCUUCAGGAAGGAGUAUCCUGAGCUGUUUGAGAACCUGACCCCUGAGGCAGUCCGCAGCACCAUCGAGGCGGGUUACCCUGUGGUUCUGCCUAGCAGGGACAAGUACGGCCGUGUAGUCCUGCUCUUCAACAUCGAGAACUGGGACCUGGAGGAGAUCACAUUCGAUGAGAUCUUAAGAGCGUACUGUGUGAUCCUGGAGAAGUUGCUCGAGAAUGAAGAAACCCAGAUUAAUGGCUUUGUCCUGAUUGAGAAUUUCAAGGGCUUCACCAUGCAGCAUGCCUCGGGUAUUAAGCCGGCCGAGCUCAAGAAGAUGGUGGACAUGCUGCAGGACUCGUUCCCGGCCCGUUUCAAGGCGGUCCACGUUACUCAUCAGCCCUGGUACUUCACCACUACAUACAACGUGGUCAAACCCUUCAUGAAGAGCAAGCUGCUGGAGAGGGUCUUUGUUCACGGUGAUGAGCUGGACAGCUAUGUCAAAGAAUUCAACGCAGACAUCCUGCCUGUGGAUUUUGAUGGGAAAGCCUCGGCUGCUGACUGCCAGGCCAUUGCCACCAAGCUUUUUGGCUCUGAGGACACUGCUCUCUGAAAGAACAGUCCUCCCAUUUCAAACCCAAGAGUUAUAGUGUCCUUCACCCUAGAUGCUUCUUUUAUGAUCGGAUCAGAUAUGUGGUCUAUUUUGAAACUAGGUUGACAUUUUGUAUUAUUAUUCAGGCAGUUCCUAUGAGCAAAAAGAAGUAUCUAGAGUUAGGAGCAGGAGGUGGUUUGCAAAUGAGUAAUAUAUGGUGAUAUAAAUGGGAAAGAAAAAGGAUGGUUAGAUAUUACAGAGAGAAUAAUGUGAUGAUGUAGCUGACAUCCAGACUGAGUUUGGUGUUGGGAGUUCUUCGCCUUAAAAAUUGUGCAUUGUGCCUACAAUCCUGUCAGGUGAAUGAGUGCAGAAGUGUAUCACAGUCUCGGGGGAAUUUUAGAAAGACAUGGAGAGGGAAAAUUGAUAAUGGAUAAGCCUGCAUGUGAUUAUUGUUUUAGGAGCAGGAGCCUCCUGAUGCAGUGCCAUGGAAACAGUUCACUUUGUCUCAACAGCCUUGUUUGAGUGGCAACACUCAGAUGCCUGAUGUACCACAAAGAUCCAUUCUGCAGUUUCCACUGGAUUGAGACAUUUCAAUUAAAUAGAUAUUUUUGUGUGUGUCUGAA